UCUUGGUAUCUCCGCGGCGGGUCGCUCUCCUCUCCUCUGCCUUUCCCCGAAAUUGCGUGGUAGAGACCUCGCAUCGCUCCCCACCCGUCGUCACCCGUGCCGUAGCCUCACGGGACUCUUCCCCCUUUAAAUCCCCCUCCCCUCCCGUCUCCUCCUCCACUCAUCCAAUCCUCCCUGCCAAGCGACCCCAAGAAAGUUUCCGAUCGAAUCGAAGCCAAGGCCUUCUCGCCCACCUCCAAGAUGCAGAUCUUUGUGAAGACCCUCACCGGCAAGACCAUCACCCUUGAGGUCGAGUCCUCUGACACGAUCGACAACGUCAAGGCGAAGAUCCAGGACAAGGAGGGCAUCCCUCCGGACCAGCAGCGCCUCAUCUUCGCUGGCAAGCAGCUUGAGGACGGUCGCACCCUUGCUGACUACAACAUCCAGAAGGAGUCCACCCUCCACCUGGUGCUCCGCCUGCGUGGUGGCAUGCAGAUCUUUGUCAAGACCCUCACCGAAGGCGAAGAUCCAGGACAAGGAGGGUAUCCCACCGGACCAGCAGCGCCUCAUCUUUGCUGGUAAGCAGCUCGAGGAUGGCCGCACUCUGGCGGACUACAACAUCCAGAAGGAGUCCACCCUUCACUUGGUGCUCCGCCUCCGUGGUGGCCAGUAAGUGCCUGGCCAUGGAGCUGCUUAUGUCUCUGGGCUCACGAGUCGGUUGUCUUUUUGUGUACUCCGUUGUGAUUGUCAGCGUGUCCUCGUCUGGUCUUGUUCUUUGUUGCUACCGUGUUGUGGUCUAGCGUUAUAUCUGGCUGCGUCUGAACUUUAUGCUGUGCUGCAGCAGAUUUGGAUGAACUUGAAUGAAUAAAUGAGCCCUGAACUUGUGCCUGUUUU